CCCUGCUGAGGAGUAGAGGAAGUCAGACUGCUAGACGAGGCUGCUCAAGGACAAGUGGAUCACAGGGAAGAAGAGGUGAGAAGAAGAGAGAAGGUGAAGCCGAAGAGGAAUACAGGCCAGGAGACCUCCUGCAAAACAACAGAGAGAGCAGAAGAUGGGUGGAGAAGUGACACAGGGCUGCUGGCUGCUCCUCACACUAUCUCUGAAAGGUAUUCUAGCUGGUGAUUGGUCAGUUCAUCACCCCUCUGGUCCCAUCUGUGCUGUCACUGGUUCGUCGGUGGUUCUUCCUUGUUCCUAUGACUACCCCCAAAGUUCAAAUGAAACCAGGGCAGAGGAACAGCUCUCUAGUCAGGGUGGAGGAGGUGAAGACAGGCAGGAGUAUGAAGUGUUGUCCGAGAUGUGGUGUCUGGAAGACAGCCGCUGUAUCACCCAGAGGUAUGUGUUCCACAGUGCUGGUAUUUUCCUAGAUCCAUCCUACCAGAACAGGGUGCAGUACCUGGGACAAGCAGGAACAAAGAACUGUUCUCUGAGCAUCUCGGAUCUGAGACCAUCAGACAGUGGAAGCUACGUGUUUUACCUCAUCACCAGUCACCCCACACAGAAGAUGCCAGCGCAGGGAGGCAUACAGCUGCUGGUGGCAGAGUCCUCCAGUGCAGUCUCAACAUCAGCGAGUCCGUCUGGUGGCAUCACUGAGGGCGGCGAUCUACGUCUGGCCUGCUGCAGCCCUUCAGCCAAUCCACAGGCCCGUUUCAGAUGGUUCAAGACCACAAGCGCCACCCCGAGCUACAGUGGACAGGUGUGGAACAUCAGCAACGUUGCCUCUGAUGACUCUGGCAGCUACUACUGUCAGAUGCAGACUGGAGAGGGAGAACAGAACUCAACGGUGCUCGACAUAGAUGUAGAGUACUCACCUCGAAAUACACACGUCUCCAUCUCUCCGCCUGGAGAGCUACAGAGGAGCCUCCCUGUGACUCUGACCUGCAGCAGUGAUGCUAACCCACCUGUGCAAACCUUCUCCUGGUACCAGGGUGCAGCGUGUCUCCCUGCAGCAGACAACAGUUUCCAUCAAGCCAGACACUCCCCGGCUACAUCCGCAGGCUCCACACUCAGAAGCUCGACCAUCAGCACUGAGGAAUACGGGCAGCACUGCUGUGUAGCACGCAACGGACAUGGAUCACAGACUUAUUCUGUAACGCUCACUGGUAUUAAAGAAGCGACCCCACCGAAGACCACAGGAAGAAGAAUGCUGCUCGUUGGCGUGUGCAUCGGUGUCUUAUUGCUUAUUAUAGCCAUAAUUGCUUUUCUUAUGAGAAGGAGAAAGAGGUCAUCCCACCACCGGUCGUACGUCCUCACAGCAACAACUGCUACAGAGGCUUGAAGACUCAGCGAGCAUCACACACAUAAGACAUCUUUUUUUAAUGAUUACAUUCAGGACACUCAAGAUAGGUCCUCAACACCCUCAUUUACCUUCACACCUCAUGUUGCCAGUGAAGCCCUAUGAUACAGACUAAUUAAAGGGGCUGGUUCUGGAUCAGGAGGUAGACAGGGUUGUCCGCAAAGAGGGUUUGAUCCCCGGCUCCUCCUUCUUUUUGUUUUUUAGACAACUCUUUUUAUUGAUGGCUAUUGGGUCGUGAAGAAGAUUUCAACAAAUAAGAUGAAGAAGCUUUUCAGAAUCACAAAUUCUACCUGUAAUUCUUGGAUAACAAUGCACUGAGGUAAACUUGGCCUGAGAGGAGCGACUGAACCAAAGGAAAAAGUGUUGGAAUAUAUUUUUUAUCUCUGCGUUUCUUUGUUGGAGCUAAAUGCCCCUGUCAAGAAUUAACCAAGGAAUCUUCAAGAGGAAAAAAAUGUAUUUGUGAUUACUAAGACGGAAAAUCUUGUGUUGCCCCCACAGGUUGUUUUUAUGUUGAUGUUACUUAUAUUAUUAAAG